GGGAAGCUCUGGAAGGGCUCCUGCUCCCCGGGAAGGGCCCGGCCCAGCCCGGUGCUGCCGGUGACACCGGUCCCGCCCGUUCCCCCCAGGCACACGGCCCUGUGCGGGCUCCGGCUCGCCCGGCUGGGCCGCCCGGUGCCGGUGGCCGGGGAGCCCCGAGCCCAGCCCAGCCGGGGCUUCCUGAACCUCACCAACAAGCGCAAGGAGUACUCGGAGCGCCGCAUCAUCGGGUACUCCAUGCAGGAGAUGUACGACGUGGUGGCCAACGUUGAGGACUACAAGAACUUCGUGCCCUGGUGCAAGAAGUCCGUGGUGGUGUCGCGGCGCGCCGGCCACGUCAAGGCCCAGCUGGAGGUUGGGUUCCCCCCCGUGCUGGAGCGCUACACGUCCAUCGUCACCCUGGUGCAGCCACACCUCGUCAAGGCCGUCUGCACCGACGGGCGCCUCUUCAACCACCUGGAGACCAACUGGCGCUUCAGCCCCGGCAUCCCCGGCUACCCCCGCACCAGCACCGUGGAUUUCUCGAUCUCCUUCGAGUUCCGCUCCCUGCUGCACUCCCAGCUGGCCACCAUGUUCUUCGACGAGGUGGUCAAGCAGAUGGUGGCCGCCUUCGAGCGCCGCGCCGCCAAGAACUUCGGGCCCGAGACCCGCAUCCCCCGGGAGCUCAUGUUCCACGAGGUUCACCAGACGUGAGGGUGGCCGGGCCGGGCCCCCCCGGACUGUGCCGGGCCCACCCCGAGCCCACCCCCCAAAAUAUUUAUUCAAGUGCGUUUCCGCUGCUGUUGCCUCAACGCCCCCCGGGGCUGCCGUGAGCCCCCGGUGCCAGGAGCUGUGUCCCGGCGCUGGAUUUGUAGCUGAUUUGGGGUUUUAAAUUUUGUUUUAAUUUUUUUUUUUUUUUGAGGUUCUCAAUUCUUUCUUUUUUUUUGUUUUAACCCUUUCUUUUGUUUGUUUUUUUUGUUCUUUUUUAAACUCCUCGGCCAGGCUGGAGGGCCCCGGCGGGGGCAGCUCCGGUGCCUGGGCCCCGCCGUGCUCCGGGAGAACGGGAGGAAGGGGGGGGUUGAUUGUGGGGGGGAGGGGGGAAAAACCUGCUGGGACCCCCCCCCAAUUCCUCCCCAGCUCUUCCAGAUCAAAAGGGAAGGAGCCGGCGCAGGGAGGAGCCCCCCGAGCCCCCUCCCCCGUGUCGCACACUUUGCACAAGCCACACGCACAGGGUGGGGAGGGGGCGGCUCCUGCUGCCCCCCCCCCGCCGC